CUCGUCUGGAACGGCGAAGAAACACACCCACAACAAGUUAACAAAACAAUACUGGGUGACUUGCAACAAUACUAAUAUGUUCUGGAGAAACAAUGACUGACUAUACGUUUUUGCUUCCAAGCUGUCGCCCUUUUGCGGUUGGGAAGUUCUGAAAAAGCGCAAAAGGACCUGGAACUUUAGAAGAUCUCCCAUUGCUUUCCAGUCUACUGAUCAAGCCGGGGGUCCGGUCGAGCUUUAAAGUCUAUGCAAUACAUUUUAGACUUCUCUCGACUCGGGGAUUUGUGCGCUCGGAAAGCUUGAUUUCUACAUAAUUGUCCUAGGUUAUGUUUUUGUCGUGGUGGGCACCUUCAUGCGAUAAGGAUAUGCUAUUUCUUUAACAUUAUCCUGGUUUUGUUUUUGACAAUGGAAAGCAAAUGAAAGGGGCAUUUCACGGGAUUAAUUGACAGCACAACGACAGUAUGCGGGAGAGAGACCUACGGAGAGUGUGCAAAAGGGGGCUGCUGCUGGCCGUCUGUGUGGUGUCUCUCUGGGGACAGCUGACCCUUGCAUCGUCACACAGAAGUCACAUAGUGCAUGUCAAAGCAGGGACCUGUGAAGUGAUCGCCGCCCACCGCUGCUGCAACAAGAACAAGAUUGAGGAGAGAUCCCAGACGGUCAAAUGUUCCUGCUUCCCCGGACAGGUUGCCGGGACAACAAGAGCGGCUCCAUCUUGUGUGGACGCAUCCAUAGUUGCACAGAAGUGGUGGUGCCAGAUGCAUCCAUGUAUGGAUGGGGAGGAGUGUAAAGUGUUGCCUGACCUGAAAGGCUGGAGCUGCAGUACAGGAAACAAAGUAAAGACGACGAAGGUCACACGAUAGUGCUGUCUGUCCUGGAUCUGAAGACUUGGCAUCAGUCAUCUCUUCCUUGACAGAAACCACAGGGACUUCUUGGAUGUGAAGACUAUGUAUUGGAGGAUUGUGGGAUGGAACCAGGGACCAAUAAGGGAAAAAAAGGAAACACUGAAAUUCCACUGUAUGGAUGCAGAGCAGAGACUUGACUUGGAGAUCCCAUAGAACCACCUAUCCAGACUAAUGGACUACUGAUUAGAUCCCGUAGAACCACCUAUCCAGACUAAUGGACUACUGAUUAGAUCCCGUAGAACCACCUAUUCAGACACUGGACUACUGAUUAGAUCCCAUAGAACCACCUAUCCAGACUACUGGACUACUGAUUAGAUCCCAUAGGACCACCUAUCCAGACUACUGGACUACUGAUUAGAUCCCAUAGAACCACCUAUCCAGACUACUGGACUACUGAUUAGAUCCCAUAGAACCGCCUAUCCAGACUACUGGACUACUGAUCAGAUCCCAUAGAACCAGCUAUACAGACUACUGGACUACUGAUUAGAUCCCAUAGAACCACCUUAUCCAGACUACUGGACUACUGAUUAGAUCCAAUUUCUAGCCAUUAUUGUUUAUGUUUUUUCCUCCAAUGAACUGCUACAGUAGGAGAUCCAAACCUGCAAGGUAUUUAUUCAGUAAAAACAAAAACUGUGGAUUAUGCAAGCAAGAUAAACCUUAAUGCGAAACAUGUGACGUGACAUUUUCAAAUAUUUUUCCUCUUUUUGCCACAGAGAAGCUCAAUGACUCCAAAACAAAGUGUUUGUGUUCGAGAUUUAGAUCAUAAGCAUAUCCAUUUAUUUUUAACCGUAUGAAACAGACAUCUCUUCUUUUUAAGGUUUUUGAUUUUUUUUAAAGCAUUAAGUGUUUGGUUUUAGUAAUUCUGUUGGACUGUCAGGUCUGCUUUUGAAGACUUGAGACAUCAAAGAAGAUGCCACAGUGAAAAAUAGUACUAACUACUAUGUUGCAGUGCUUGAAUUAAAGGCACCAUGGUUUCAACAAACCAAUUAAAAUGACAUUAAGCUGAACUCCAACUGUUUUAAUAUCUGUUUUUAAUAGUCUGGUGACCAACAUUGAGUAAAAGUGUCAGUAUUAUCUCAAUAAACCUAUGUCAAAAGGA